CGGUCGGCCGGUAGAGGAGGAGGGUCUCAGGUUGUUGUUUUGGUGGCGGUGGCGGGGUGAUUCUUGGCUCCGGCUGUUAGCGGGGACAAAGCGAGAGGCAGGUCGGGGGAGGAAGGGUGGGAAGGAAAGAGAGCUCGCUCGCCUGUGAAGGGAGACCGUUGAUCCUGCGCUGAUGCGAGGUGAAGCCCGGGGCGUGCGGCCACGGCCAUGAACCCCAGGAAUGUCGGCUCAUCCCGGGCGGUGCACGUCGAGUUAACCUCGCAGCAGCGGCGACUUCGACAUCUGCGAAGUAUUGCAGCACGAAACAUCGUCAACAAGAAUGGUUCUCAUCUUCUGGACACCUACUUUAGCCUACAUUUGUGUGAUGAUAAAAAGAUCUUUAAAGCAGCAUUUUACACCAGUGAGGUCAUAAAGGAUUCUUUGAACCCGACGUGGAGGAGUCUAGACUUUGGCUUGAUGCCAGAUCGCCUUGAUACUUCUGUUUCGUGUUUCCUGGUGAGGAUCUGGGGAGGAAAGCAGGGACAAUAUCAUCCAAUCAUCGAAUGGCGAGUGAACCUUGAUGGACUCAAAUACUUGGGCCAGCAGAUUCGGGCACGUAAUCCCAAUGAGGUAAUAUUUGGACUGAAUGAUGGUUACUAUGGAACCCCCUUUGACCAUAAGGAUCUCACUGAGAAGAAGAGGACAAGUCUUCUGCAAGUGGACCCAAGUUCUGUGAGGAACUCCUACAGCGUAUUCUCCCUGCUCAGACUUCACACUGCCCAACGUGCAAUAAAACAGACUCAGGUAACCGUUCAAAGAGUAGGCAAGGAAAUUGAGGAGAAGUUGCGAUUAACAGCAUCGUCAACACAGUUGAAAAAGGAGCAGGAGCAUUUACAGCUGAAGAUCUUGGUGCUUCGAAAUGAACUCGAGAGACAGGAGAAGGCACUGGGCCGUGAGCUGGAGAUGUUGCAAAAGGAACUGAUUGCAUUCCAUGACAAGGAAAAAGUGUUCGCGAGUAAACAGCAUGGCUUACAAGUGGAGGACUCAUCUCUGACUGAAGAACGGAAAGGGUGUAUAGCAAAAAGAGAGAUGUUCCUGAAGACCAAUGCUCAGCUCAACAUCCGUCGUCGGCAACUGCUGUCGGAACUAUCUUAUAUCUACCCAGUUGAAGUGAAUGACCAGAAGGAUUACUUCAUGUGUGGAGUAAAGCUACCCAAUUCAGAAGACUUCCAAGCUAAAGAUGAAGGGAGCAUCGCAGUCGCCCUGGGUUACACGGCACAUCUGGUGCUUAUGAUUUCCUAUUUCCUGCAAGUGCCGCUCAGGUAUCCCAUCAUCCAGAGGGGUUCCAGGUCGUCCGUCAAAGACAACAUCACCGACAAGCUUUCUGAGAAGGAGAGAGAGUUCCCUCUGUAUCCAAGAGGAGGAGAGAAGUUUCAGUUUGAAUAUGGAGUUUAUCUACUAAACAAAAAUAUUGCACAGCUAAGAUACCAGCAUGGCAUGUCCACACCAGAUCUCCGACAGACACUGCCUAACCUGAAAAGCUUCAUGGAGCAAGGGCUAAUGGUGCGAUGUGAUCGGCCUCUCUCCAGUGCCACUCCUGCUCCUCGGAGGCAAAUGGCCAUCGUGCCAGUAGGGUCGGAGGUGCAGGCUCAGAGCGGUGGAAUCCCCUCUCCAGACAAAGCUUGGAGGCAGUCGCACGGGUGUUUGGAAGAAGAUCUGGCCCCGAGCCACAAUGCAGCAGCAUGUCAAGCAGAGCCACCGCCGACGGACGUGUGCAAGGUGCACACCUCUACAAUGCUGGAGGUACCUGACAGCUCCUUCAAAGAGGAGGGGGCAGUGUGUGACACCUUUAAGAAUGGCGUGCACGGUAAUGAAAAUGGUGUUGUUGAUGAAGCGUCCCGGUCACAGCCAGUUUCUGCUGGGGUAAAUGGGAUGACAUUGCCCAGCGCACCCGCCGCUAAGUCCAGCAGCCCGCACUCAGGUGACUUUGGCCACCCUAAAGGUGGAGGCAUCUUCUGCUCGGUGGAGCGGGCCGAGGAAAUCAUUGGAAUGGAAGCCACAGGCUUCAGUUCAGAAGAACAGCUGGAAGGAUUCUGUAUCCCUGUUGACCAAGCCGUGGCCGUGGAGAGCGAUGACCAGGUUCUGGGCGAGCUCGAUGCCGAAGGGUUUGAGGAGUUCUCCCGGAGGAUCUAUGCACUGAACGAGAACGUCUCAAGUUUCCGGCGACAUCGCAAAGGCUCAGAGAAGUGAGACACUCAGGUCAAAGCACAACAAAGACCUGUGAGCCGUAAUGAAAAGCCAAGUUGCACUUUCUGAGAGAGUUUGCUGAUAUGAGAUUAUGGGUGUUGCAUUGAAAUGGAGAGGCUGAGAGAAAAUGAAAGAAUCAUACAUAGAGAUGUGAGAAGGGGCAGAGCAAAUGCAUCUCGAUCCAUGGCUUUGCAGAAUAACUUCAUGUUAUCCAUGGCUGCAUGCUUGUAUCUACCAACCUUUGUAUGCAGAUAAACUUGCCCAGUCUUCAACUAAACAGGAGUCAGUCAAUUGGUCCCCCCUUUCCCAGUGAACCCAGGAUUAUAUUCCUGGGACUGAGAGGAGCGCUGAGCAUAAUGCCGAGAGGGUACGAGAUCAGGCCUUCAGCUGUGUUAAUGUUGUCCAGCCAGCACAGCAUCUAUGCCUCAGUGAAGACCGCCCUCAUGCCGAAAAUACAUCAACCCAGGAAGCUACCAAGAAAUGACAACCGGCUGUGUCUGCCAAGUAACUUAUGUGCAAUGACUCCAAGCUGAAUUUCUUUGAACCUGAUGCAGAACCUCUGAGCUCCUGACAUUUCUCAGAGAUGGGGGCUUGCUGCAGGCUUCUGAUGAAGUCCUGCCGAACAACUUCUGGUUCAGGUUUCGUUUAUCCUUUGCAAUAGGUAAUUGGAAAAUAAAAAAUAAAGUCAGUCGUUUGGUGGAAACCACUUUGAGAGCUAUUUCUCCAUGCAGUUGAAAACUUCAAGGAAAUAGUUUUAAUUUAAUUGGCCGAAUAUUGCUCCCCUACAUUUUGACUACACAAUUGCACAGUCUCAGGUAUUGUUGACCUGCUUUGAUAACUAUCCGAACCUUCACAACUCGACAGCCACCUAGGAACUGAAUACAGGAAAGUGCAUGAAAUGCCCCUAUGCAUUUGGUGAUAUAAAAGGCUGUGGAUGUGUGACACUGACUUGUCUGUUGACUUAAUUGAUGUGAGCUGUUCAUUUUCUUUCCCUUGCGCUUGUUUUACUAACCACACCCCCAAAAAAAAUUGCUUCUCAAUCUAACCUCUGAAAUACAGAUUUAAAAUAGAUAGUUGGUCCAGCCCUCCUGGCAGGUAAAAUUUGACCUUUAUAAAGACUUCCAGUGACAACUCAUUAACCAGUACCGUGACUGCCUGUACAAAAAUCGCACAUGUCAAGUCGG